UCUGCAUGACCAGAUCAUCAUCAUGUCACCUUGUGACAUCAUUCAUGUCUGUAUCAUAUCUGUAUCCCUGCAGUGAGCAUCUCUGUGAUCCCUCUCUUAUGAAAGAAAUGGCAACAUCUUCAAACAAAAUAUGAACCUUGACACAGUUAAACAUCAUUCCUUCUUUAUGAAAUCUUAACUACCGGCCAAAGAUGUGCUGAACCAGCUAAGUGGACAUUGUACGAUGGAUUGGCAAGACAAAGAUUGUAAAUGUCACCUACUGAGGCAGCGACAGCCUUCACAUUUAAGAGCUUUCUCUCUCCCUUGGAGGCCCCCUGGGGGACGAAGGAGCCAGGAGUUGUUGGCAGCAGGUUUUCGCUCCUCUGUCGAGGGACCUGGGGGGCGGAGGCAGGGCCUGGGCCAAGGUCCACAGUGGCCCCGCCCCGCGGGAGCCUGGAUGCUCAGCGCGUCCCCACGCGCGCUCUCCUGGUUCCUGUGCACCCUCGAGGCUCCCUACAGCAGCGUGCGCUCCAAGCUCAGCCGCGAAGAGGCCAUGGCGAAGUCCAGGGGCCGGCUGUACCUCUGCAUGUGCUUGGCUGCAGCGCUGGCCUCUUUCCUGGCAGGAUUCAUGGUGGGCUGGUUUAUUAAGCCCCUCAAAGAAACAACCACUACGCUGCGCUAUCAUCAGAGUGUGCGGUGGAACCUGAUAUCCGAGAUGAAAGCUGAGAACAUUAAAUCAUUUCUUCGCUCUUUUACAAAGCUCCCUCAUCUGGCGGGAACAGAACAAAAUUUGCUGCUUGCCAAGAAAAUCCAAACGCAGUGGAAGAAAUUUGGACUGGACUCUGCAAAGUUGGUUCAUUAUGAUGUUCUCCUGUCUUACCCUAAUGAGACAAAUGCCAAUUAUGUAUCACUUGUGGAUGAAGAUGGCACUGAGAUUUUUAAAACAUCAUACAUUGAGCCGCCACCAGAUGGAUAUGAGAAUGUUACAGAUAUUGUACCACCAUAUAAUGCUUUCUCAGCCCAAGGCACGCCAGAGGGAGAUCUUGUAUAUGUAAACUAUGCUCGUACUGAAGAUUUUUUCAAACUAGAAAGAGAAAUGGGCAUCAACUGCACGGGAAAGAUUGUUAUUGCCAGAUAUGGGAAGAUCUUCAGGGGAAAUAAAGUUCACAACGCCAUGUCGGCAGGAGCCAUAGGCAUCAUCUUGUACUCAGACCCAGCUGACUACUCUGCCCCUGAGGUACAGCCGUAUCCCAAAGGAUGGAACCUUCCUGGAACUGCAGCCCAGAGAGGGAACGUGUUAAAUCUGAACGGUGCUGGUGAUCCGCUCACUCCAGGCUACCCAGCUAAAGAGUACACCUUUAGACUUGAUGUUGAAGAAGGAGUGGGAAUACCCCAAAUCCCUGUACAUCCCAUUGGAUUUAAUGAUGCAGAAAUAUUAUUACGCCACAUGGGAGGAACCGCUUCACCAGAUGACAGCUGGAAAGGAAGUCUUAAUGUGGAUUACAAUGUCGGGCCGGGCUUCACAGGGCGUGAUUCUGUCAGGAAGGUUAAAAUGCAUGUUCAUAACACCAAUAAAAUUACAAGGAUUUACAACGUAAUUGGAACUAUCAGAGGAUCUGUGGAACCUGACAGGUAUGUUAUUCUGGGAGGUCAUCGGGAUUCCUGGGUGUUUGGAGGUAUUGACCCAACCACUGGCACAGCUGCUUUACAAGAAAUUGCGCAGAGUUUUGGAAAACUGAUGAGUAGAGGAUGGAGACCUCGGAGAACUAUCAUUUUCGCCAGCUGGGAUGCAGAAGAAUUUGGACUUCUGGGAUCCACAGAGUGGGCUGAGGAGAAUGCAAAGACACUCCAGGAGAGAGGCAUCGCUUACGUCAACUCAGACUCAUCGAUUGAAGGAAAUUAUACUCUCAGAGUUGACUGUACACCCCUUCUUUACCAAUUGGUGUAUAAACUGACAAAAGAGAUCUCCAGCCCCGAUGAUGGUUUUCAGGGUAAAUCUCUUUAUGAAAGCUGGUUGGAAAAGGACCCUUCAUCUGAAAAUACAAACCUUCCUAGAAUUAACAAGCUGGGAUCUGGAAGCGAUUUUGAAGCUUAUUUUCAGAGACUUGGCAUUGCUUCAGGCAGAGCCCGCUACACUAAGAAUAGGAAAACAGAUAAAUACAGCAGCUACCCGGUAUACCAUACAAUUUAUGAGACGUUUGAAUUGGUAGAAAAUUUUUAUGACCCUACAUUUAAAAAACAGCUCUCUGUGGCUCAAUUACGAGGGGCACUGGUUUAUGAGCUUGCAGACUCUCAAAUCAUUCCUUUCAAUAUUCAAGACUAUGCAAAAGCUUUGAAAAACUAUGCAACAAGUAUCUACAAUUUAUCCAAGAAACACGACCAACAAUUGAAAGACCACAGAGUAUCAUUUGAUGCCUUAUUUUCUGCUGUGCAAAACUUCUCAGAGGCUGCUUCAGAUUUCCACAGAAGACUUACAGAAGUGGAUCUUAAUAAUCCCAUGGCAGUGAGAAUCGUGAAUGACCAGUUGAUGCUCCUGGAAAGAGCAUUCAUCGAUCCCCUUGGUUUACCUGGGAGGAAGUUCUACAGGCACAUCAUAUUUGCUCCAAGUAGGCACAACAAAUAUGCUGGAGAAUCAUUUCCUGGGAUCUAUGAUGCUAUGUUUGAUAUUGAAAAUAAAGCAGACCCACGUUCAGCCUGGACAGAAGUAAAGAAACACAUUUCUAUUGCAGCCUUUACAAUUCAAGCAGCAGCAGAAACACUGAAAGAAGUGGUAGAGUAAGGUCAGCCAAGUGGCCAUCCAUUAAAAAUAUUACUGGAACUCUGAAGAUAAAAAUCUGUGUUUAUCUUUCUUUUCAUAUCAUGUUUGAUUUUAGACUUCCACCUUGUUCAU